UGACAAAAAAACUCAAAAAACAUUUGUGCCAAUGCUGGAUGCAGUGCAGCGGCACACUGAAUUAGUGCAAAUUAGCUUCACUGGAUCUGCUCAGUGUGUGAAGGGUGGGUGGGCUGUGUAAUCGUCUACUCAAGGUAUUCUCCCACCAAUGAGCUGAGGAUGGAAUGCAAACAGGGAUGACUGAGGAAAGGAAGAUAUCCCACCACCCCCUCCUUCCCAGCUCACAUGACUGUGAUUACAGUAAAGGAGGAGUGUGGUGGGACACAGUGAGGGAGAGAUGGUGAGCACGAUGAAUGACAUUUUUCUGAUUGCGGCACACAGAUCACAUCCAAGAACUCAACUUGUCUUUGAUUGCUGGCCGAGGGUCAUCCACUUUUCCAGGUUGCAGAUAUGAGGGUGUUACACGGGUGCAUGCUGGGAGUGACCAUCUUGCUGCUGGUGUGCGAGGUCACCAUCAGUCAGCUGUGCAAAUCCCUUAUCACCCUGGUGGAUGGUUUCCACACACUCUUCAUCCUCUUGUGCAUGGCUCUUCGUCCUCCUCAAGCAGCAAGCGUCAUAAAACCUCCAAUCUCUAUUUUGGACUCCCCUGCAUCUCCUCCACAUGCUUCCUCCACCCUGCCUGCAGUGCCAUCCAUCAAAUCUCUACCUGGGACCGAGACUGGUGGGUCUUCAGACUGCGGUGUGUCCUACACCCGCAGCAGGAUUCACCCUGUGGGGGCUUUCAUCUCCACUCUCCUCCUGACCUCUCUGUGUCUCUCCUACUUCAUGGAAAUCAGCAAUUUUUCCCUGGAACCAGAGCCAGUGCAGCGCCCCCUGCUGCUUGUGGUGGUCGGAGCUUUCAGUGUGCUCCAUAAGAUGCUGGUGGUCUGGCUGAACUGGGUUCAGCUGCAGGAUGAGAGAGCUGGGGCCAGCAGGCAGACAGAGACCGAAUCUCACCUUGAAGAGAACCACAAAGUCUUGGCUGCAGAGAAAACCAAAGGCCAGGCUGAGCCGGGGCGAGUCCUGGACGACGUUAGCCACGUCCAAUCGGCCAUGGAUGACUCACUCCACAAUGGGGCGCUUGUCCUCUGUAACCCAGGGACCUCCAGCGUCCCUGACACCGACUCUCAAACACUACAACAACAGCCAGAAGUCCACCUGCAUGCAGCAGCUACACAGGACAGCAUGGACUGUGACGUAGCCAGCGGUGUUGCAGUUUUGAAGGUUUGCAAGUGUGAGAGUCGUUCAGAUGACAUCACGGAAAGUUCCAAAGACAACACCUGCAUGGGACAUCUUGACAGUCAAAAUGCAUCUAGUACCUCCCCAGUCUGCAAGUCAUCACAUCACAUUGAGAGGACUCUACCAAGCAGCAAGUGUCCAGUCAGUCUCCUGUCGUUCGUCCUCGUCAUUCAGGGCCUUUGUACCUCCUUUCUGGCUCUGGUCAUCAGCCUGGUGAUGCUGCUGGUCAGCCCGCAAUGCCUGCACAGCUCUGGAACCUGUGGCCUCCUGGUUUACCUGGAUCCUGGCCUCUCCCUGCUGGCUGUGAUUACGCUGAUUUCCACAGCUGCGCCACAGGUGCACAGGUAUGGCUUGCUGCUACUACAGGCCACACCUCCACACAUUUGUGUGUCAGACCUCGGGCGGAGGAUUAAGAGUGUCCCUGGGGUGCAGGCUGUGCACGACCUCCACGUCUGGCAGUUAACUGAAUCAUUCAUGGUGGCCUCUGUACAUGUACACUGCCAUGCUGGGUUUCCAGUGCACAGGUGUGCUGAUCUGAUGUCGGGGGUCACAAAGGUGCUGCAGAGUGUAGGAGUGAGCUGCUGCACCGUUCAGCCAGAGUUUGCCUCCUGCUCUGGGUCCUCUGCAGGCAGUGAGGGGGACGCCUCACCUGUUGUGCACAGAGUGGACCCCUCCCUGCCUCCUUUUCUGACCUGCAGCCUUGCCUGUGGAAAGGCCUGCGCUAGGAAUAUGUGUUGCUCUCGGUUAGAGGAGGAGACUAGGAGCAUGCUGGCACCACCAGCUGAGGAAACAAAGGAAGAGCCCCAGACACUGGUCAUUGAGAACACCUUCCUCUGACUGAAAAUCCUGGAGAAAAAGUAAUUAAUGAAUGUAAAAGUAGAGGUGAAUGAACAGAUUUGAAUGUGUAAUCUCCAAAACAUUGCCUGCACAUUAUAUGUAAAUGUUCUGUUAGUUUUGUGACAUUAAUACGGUGCUGCACCAAAGGAUUUUAAGCAAUAUCAAGUUAAAUUCUGUGAAAAUAAAGGCAUUUUUUCUUGUGUUGCUUCAUUUGUACCUGAACCCUUUGUAUGUAUUGAAAUAAAACAAAUAAUUAUACUAA